UCGGGGACCAUUCAACAUGUAAACAACAACACGAAAUAAGUAGAUACGUGCAGAUAUUUAUAGAUUUGUUAAAAAAUAACGUGUAUACUAGCAUACGCCUAUAAAUACAUCAUGAUUGUGUUUGAAAAAAUUGUGACUUUGAACUUACAUGACACAUUUUUUGCUAAAAACCAUUAAAUUUUAAUAAAAAGAAAGAAAAAAAAGCAUUUGUGGACAAUGGAAGAUGAUUUCAAAGAAAUGUUGGAAUUGUAUCCCACGUUAGUGCUUGUGUCGGAAUCUCCACCGACAUGGAAAGGAUCGCUGACAGUGACCAAUAAUUACACAAACUGUAAAACAAAUGUUGUGGUCAAAUUUGUUGUUCCAUUGUAUCCACACUUGAAUGAUGCUUCGAUUUAUUUUGGAAGAAGUAUUGCUUUCUUGUUCGGGAAUCGUUUUAAAAAUCAAAUAGAAUCACUAAUCAAAGCAUCUGAAUCGGUACCUUCCUUUUUUCAAGAACUGACAACAGCCAUUGAAAAAAUGAUCUGUGAUUAUCAUGAAAAAGAAAUGAUUAUUUCCCUUAAAACGGAUGCAAGAGAAAAACUAUUGAAAGAACUUAGUUAUGUGUUGUCAGAAAAUUCAGAGGUUGAGCUUUCAUCUAACAAGGACCUCAGUACAAUAAAACUUAGUAUGAAUGAUAUUUCUAUAAUAGUAGAGCCUUCGAUUAACUCUUCUGGUCAAAAUUCGUGGAAAAUCGUUUCUUCAGAAUUACCAGAUGUACCUGGUUACACAAUCAAUGAAAAAAAAUCUUUUACAUUGAAAGAGAUAAGGAACAUGUUUCAGAAACAAGUGGAUCUGUUAGAAGAUGUUUGGGCUCAAUUGAGGAAACUUGACAAUUUUUGUUGGGUACUAGAUCCACUUGAGCCAAAACCCUACCAUCUAUAUCGAAGAAUCUACUUAUCACCAUCGCUAUCUGUUUUUAUUACUCUUGAUCCAAAUGAUCCUACUGGCUAUCCAAAAUUAGUGUUUAUUGGUGCUAAAAAUGAGGUAGAAAAAUACAGAGAUUUGGUGCAAGACGAAGAUAAUAUCGAGAAAUGGGAUUUAGAGUCCAGUGUGUAUGAAAAUCUGUUGUCACUGUUGAACAUUGAUGAUUUUCCAGUACAACCACUAACUGCAAAAUCCGAGAAAGACGAGGAAGGCGUGUUUGGUGAUGAAGAGUGUUGUAUUUGUUUCUCGGACGAAGCCGACGAUGGAACAUUACCCGAUGAAGUAUGUAAUAACAAUAAGUGCAGGCGACGUUUCCACCCCACAUGCUUAUUCCGGUGGCUGCAAGAACUCUCCACCAACAAAAUCGUGUUCAAUAAAAUAUAUGGCGCCUGUCCCAACUGCAAACAAGAAGUAUGUUGUAACGUACCAUCCACCUAAUAUCUUUUGAUAUUCAAUUUUUA